AUGUCCUCUGCAGUCGAGGUCAAGAAUCUGAACUUCUCCCAUGCGCCAGACCUCCCGCUCUCCCUCGCCAACCUCAACCUGAAACUACCGAACCGCUCAGCAACUUUGCUUGUCGGUGCAAAUGGUGCGGGUAAAUCCACACUUCUGCGACUCCUUGCAGGCAAGCGAAUCGCUCCAGCAGGCACAGUCUUCAUCAAUGGCCAGGAUCCAUUUCGAGAACACUCGCCUGGCAUCACCUACCUCGGCACGGAAUGGGCGAACAACCCAGUCGUUCGCAAUGACAUCAAAGUAUCACACUUACUCGCUUCCAUCGGCGCAGAACAUUACCCAGAGCGCAGAGAUCAGUUGAUGAAGAUUCUAGAUGUUGAUUUGCAAUGGCGUAUGAAUCAAGUUUCUGAUGGUGAGCGCAGGCGUGUCCAGCUCAUCAUGGGAUUAAUGCGACCUUGGACAAUCUUGCUCCUCGAUGAAGUCACCGUCGAUCUUGAUGUGCUCGCUCGUUCUGACUUGCUCGCCUUUCUCAAGGAAGAAACACAGCAGCGCGAUUGUACCAUUGUCUAUGCAACACAUAUCUUUGAUGGUCUCGCCAGUUGGCCUACACACCUCGUACACAUGACCCUCGGUCAGAUCUUAUCGGUUGGCCCACCAGAGGAGUUCCUGCCUGCUGUUGCAGAUCGCAAUGAUAAGGCCAAUUCGGCAUUGUUGGAGUUGUGCUUGCGUUGGUUGACGGAGGAUAGGGAUGAGCGCGGCAAUCGUGGUGCUGAGAAGCGCAUGACGUGGGACGACAUCCCCGAUGAGGAGAAGGCCGGUGAUGUCAAGGACUCGAGUGUUUUUACCGCAUACUUCAAGGCAACACGCGCACAGUAA